AUGUCUAAACGAACAGAGAAAGAGAAAAUGCUCGCGGGCGAGCUCUACUACGCCUUCGUCGACGAGCUAGCAGCGGAACGAGCCUCCUGUGCGGGGGCCUGCCAGUCAUUCAACAAAACCACGCACACAACGCCGCGUCUUGAGCGCGCAAACCUAUUCCGAGCGUGCUACCUCCUCCAGCCCCUCCCUAUCGCCCCGGGCUAACUUGCACCUCAGCAUCCUACACCAACCUCCCCUCCCCCCCACCACCCCUUCCUCCACCCUGUGCCAAGAACCUUGGAUAGAGCCGCCGUUCACAGCCGACUACGGCUACAACACCACCAUAUCACCAGACGUAUUCAUAAACUUUGGUUGCACGAUCCUGGACACGUGCAGAGUUACCAUCGGCGCGCGCACGCUUCUGGGACCCAAUGUCAGCCUCUUCGCUGCCGCGCACCCGCUUAAUGCAAAGACGCGGGACGGGCUGCGCGGGCCGGAAUACGGCGCGCCCAUCACGAUAGAGGAGGACUGUUGGCUAGCCGGGAACGUAACUGUCCUGCCAGGUGUGAGGAUCGGACGCGGGAGCACGGUUGGCGCGGGCAGUGUGGUUACGAAGGAUGUUCCGCCAGGGUGUGCAGUCGCGGGGAAUCCCGCAAGGGUCGUUAGGGUUAUUGAGGAGGAUGCUGUGGAGGUUUUUCCCAGGGGGGGGGGUCGGAAGGUUUUGGAGAUUCCGAAGCCCGGUACUGCUACUACGGGAGAGGGUGAUCUUAAGGUGCUUAUGCGGAGGCUGGAAAGGUUAGAAGCGGAAGUGGGAGAAGUAAAAGAUGAAUUGAAGAUGAGGAUGUCA